UUUUUUCUUUAACUUGAAAUAUUCAGUGCUGCAGGUGUCUUUGUGAUGUUGUUGGAAUAUCCCAGAGGAAAGAGGCGAAAGGGAACAACAAUGGAGAGACCGGGUCAGCGCUUUUUUGCAGCUGUUGUGAAAUUGUUUGGACCUUUAACGCGAAAUUACUAUGUCCGUGCUAUUCUACAUGCAUGCCUUGCAGUACCUGGAGGCUUUAUAUUGCCCACAGUCCUGGGCACUGUCAACCUUGGCAUUGCCAGUCUCAUCUACCUACUUGCUGCCUUCCGAAAAGAGGAAUGGAGACCCAUACAGGCGUUGCAGUCUCAGAAAGGACACGUUGGAAAAAGUAUCCAUCAGCCACCCACAAACCCCCCACCAAGGCCUCCUGCUGAACAUCGAAGGAAACCAGUGGAUGAUACAAGAGCAGUUGAAGUCACUGCCACACCAGUUACUUUUGACUCAAACUGAUGUGACUUCGCUGGCAACUGUAAUUAUUCAUCAGUCGUAUUAUUUUACUGAAUAUAUUAAUACAGUGCAAUGUAAUAUUUAGACCCAAUGUAAGAUCAAAUUAUGAUUUCUUUGAAAGAAAUAUGAACAGUUUUUCUGAUGCAAGGGUUUGCUCACUCCUACAGCAAGAGACAAUCUACUGCCUUGUUUAUUUGUCAACAUUAAUGUUUCUAUGAUAUUGUUACCAAAAGUUCUCCCCUUUCAUUUUUGCUGUUGAUAAGACUUGUUCUUUGUAAAGUAUUAAUAAAAGAAUAGGCUAGCAAAUGCCAUUCUCUUAAAA